AUGACUAGAACUAACAAAUGGACCGUUCAUGAAAGCAGAGCCGAUGCUAGAUACUUCACCCACAAUGGUAAUUUUGGUGAAUCGCCACAACAUAUUAAGAAAGGUGGUUCUGGUAGAGGUGGCUGGGGUAAGGCCGGUGACGAAAUCAAUGAUUUAGUCGAUUCUGGUGAAAUCCAACCUGUUUACAACAAGAAGAGAAGACCUUCUAAUGUUAACAAUCAAAUGAACGCUAAGAGAUUUGAAGAUAUUCAAAAUUAUCAGAUUUGA